CCCAUUCAUUGACACACGUCAAGAAGUCGACGUCUGGCGUUCGCAUAAACUUCGACGUAAAAUAUCUCAAUAUUCACAUUAUAAUUUAUUAUCGUUCUUGUGACGACAUGGUAUCACACCAGCAUUCAGUGCUAUAGUGCUUGUGAUACAAUUACGUGUUUUAUUUUUUAUUAAAUGCUGUUAUUCCAUUAAAAACUAAAACACAUUAGAAAUGGCACCGAAUUUUAGUAAAAUUACUUCACGGACUGAUGUUCAAAUAGCUUUAGCAGCCUCUGCGGCUGUAAGUGCCUGGUUAAUAAGGAAUUCUCUUAAUUCAAGUAAGCGUAAAAAUGCAAGACAGUCAAACCGCCCUUCACCUGAAGAGCAGAUACAAUACAUGAUAAAGGAUAAGAACAAAAAAGGUCCAAAGGCACAAGUUGAUGCUCGGUUCCUGUCUGAACUGAAGACACUAUGGAAUAUCAUGAUGCCUUCCAUCUGGAGCAAGGAGUGCGGGUUCAUGGCCCUCAUAGCCUUCUCCUUGAUAUCAAGGUCCAUGUGUGAUCUGUGGCUCAUUCAACAUUCUACACUCAUUGAAGGGUCAAUUAUCACAAUGAACCACAAGGAAUUCAGAAGGUUAUUAACACAAUUCUUCUUUGCCAUGCCAAUCAUAUCGCUUGUAAACAAUGUUCUGAAGUGGAGUAUAGGCGAGCUGAAACUGAAGCUAAGGACCAAUUUAACUCUACAUUUAUAUCAACAGUAUUUGAAGGGUUUCACAUACUACCAAGUAUCAAACCUGGACAAUCGGAUAGCGAACGCUGACCAGCUGUUAACAACAGACAUUGAGAAGUUCUGUGAUACCGUCGUAGACCUCUACAGUAACAUUAGCAAACCCAUGUUGGAUAUUAGCAUAUAUCUCUACAGACUUACUGUUAACUUGGGUGCUUCGACUCCCGGUAUAAUGAUGGCCUAUUUACUUUUGUCUGGCGUUUUACUCACCUACCUUAGGAGACCAACAGCUAAAAUGACUGUACACGAGCAGAAAUUAGAGGGAGAAUUCAGAUACGUCAACUCCAGAUUGAUAACUUAUUCAGAAGAAAUUGCUUUCUACCAGGGUAACCACCGCGAACAACUCACCCUAUUAGCCAGCUUCUACAAGCUGACCAGGCAUCUGCGGAACUUCCUCAACUUCAGAGUGGCCAUGGGCUUCGUCGAUAACAUUAUAGCUAAAUACAUAGCCAUCACGGUCGGUUUCUACGCAGUAUCAAGACCGUUCUUCGCUGUAAACCACAAUUUACUUACCACAGGCACUGAGAAUGAUAGAUUUAAGCACUACUACACAUACGGUCGUAUGUUAGUUAAAAUGGCGGAGGGUAUCGGUCGGCUGGUCCUGUCGGGCCGCGAGCUCAGCAAGCUGGCCGGCCUCACGUCCCGCGUCACGCAGCUGAGGACAGUGCUCGACGAUAUCAACAAGGGCAACUACACCAGGACCAUGGUGGAGAGGAACUCACAGGCUGAUGGCGGUGAGAUCCCGCAAUUACUGGCCCCGGGCGCGGGCCGCAUCAUUUACCAGGACAAGAUCAUCCGCUUCGACAAAGUCCCACUCGUCACACCCAACGGAGAUGUGCUCAUCAAGGAACUCAGCUUCGAAGUCCGAUCUGGUAUUAACGUCCUCGUAUGCGGUCCUAACGGUUGCGGCAAGUCCUCCAUGUUCCGUCAACUCGGCGAGCUGUGGCCGAUCUUCGGCGGCACCCUGACCAAGCCGCCUAAAGGAAAGCUGUUCUACGUGCCACAGAGGCCUUACAUGACGCUCGGCACUCUUCGAGACCAGAUCAUCUACCCGCAGACGCGCGAGGAGAUGUCCCGUCGCGGGCGCUCGGACGCGCAGCUGCUGCGCUUCCUGGACAUCGUGCAGCUGGCCUACCUCACGGCCCGCGACGGCGCGCUCGACGCCGUCGAGGACUGGAUGGACGUGCUGUCCGGAGGGGAGAAGCAGAGGAUCGCGAUGGCGCGCCUGUUCUACCACGAGCCUCAGUUCGCGAUCCUAGACGAGUGCACCAGCGCAGUGUCCGUCGACGUCGAGGGUCAGAUGUACCAGUACUGCAGAGAGGUGGGUAUAUCUCUGUUCACGGUUUCUCAUCGCAAAUCGCUGUGGAAGCACCACGACCACUACCUACAGAUGGAUGGCCGCGGCGGCUACGUCUUCGAGGAGAUUGACAACGAGACCCAAGAGUUUGGCUCAUAACACUCAUCAUCCACCACUGAAAGUAACAACCUGUCCAUCUGUGCUAAUACACAGGAAUUUAUCUCACAUAAAAAAUAUGCUAUCCCUCAUAAUUGAUUUCUCUAAAGAGAUGUGUGCAUGUCUUUCACGUAAAACAACUACACUGGAUAUAAAUAACACGAAAAGAAAAGCGUUUAUUUGACGCAACAGGGAAGAAAGUAAUGAUUAAAAAAUAGAUUGUUUUGUCAUGGGGACAGAGGCACUCCGUGGGGCAGCUAUUAGUUGUUAUUCACAAUACGCUGAGUUCAAAUUCUAUCUUCAUUAACCCAGAUAGAUAGGUUAUUACUACAAAAUUAAAUCAAAAUACUUCACAUCUUUACACAAUUGUAAAUGAAGAUAUGUUAAGACAUGUGUUUAUAUUCCAUGGUUGUUAAAUAAAUUAUUAACAAUAUUACCUAAGUGUAAAGUAAAAUAUGAAGAAUGCUAGUUACCUAUCCAAUAAUUACCACAAACUGCCUUUUCAAUAUAUUCACAUUACAUUGUUAUUAGGCAAUGAAGUCUAUUCAAUGUUAUUUAAUUUAGGUAUAUAAGUAAAUAAUAAGCCAAUUAAAGGUUUAUUUUUGGGUAAUACAUCAGUCCGAUUUCGAAAUGUUGUUCAAUUCAGUUUGCUGUUGAAUCUACUGAUCACCACUGUGAUAAGAUGACUAAAAUACUAGUAACUAAUCUUCGGGAUGAUUAGUUACGGGCGUUUUUUAGUCUUGACAAUCUUGCAUUUUUUUUUACGCACUGAUAAAACAGUAACAAUUACCGACAAUACCUGUUAAAUCUUCAAAAGAUUAUUCCAUAUUAUAUUAUACGUUUAAUAAUAAUUGGGCUCAAGUUAUGGAUUAAAAUCGGUGUGUAACAUUUUAUAUUUUACAACCAUAAUGCUCGAAAAUCAAUGAUCGAUUUUACUUAAACUAAAUAGACUAAGGCUGCGUUUCCACUAGAGAUGUGCGAGGAUGUCUAGCUGUGUCGUGAUAAUGUGUGGGGCUUCCGAAAACACAGCGACGAAUGCGAGCUGGCGUAUUACACAAUGCGAAACGAAGAUGUGUCGCUGAUAACUUGCUUAACUAUUUUCACCAGCGCUAUGCAGACUAUGGCGAGGUAAUAAAAGCUAUUUUCUAGAGAAACGAUCCUAUCAAAAGAUCUCUGUUGAAAACGCAGCCUAAAUGAUGUCCAGGAUGUAAUGAAAAUCUAGCAAGUUACCAUUCUACGGAAUGAGAAAAAUAUUUUUAUAAUGUAAGAUCUAUAGAUAAUUUAUUUAUUGUUUUGUUAUAGUUCAAUAAUAAAAUUCAUGUAAAAUUUAAUACAAGAUAAUGUAAUUGUCUUAUCUCAUUUUUGGGAAAAAAUAUUUACUAUUUUAAGCAAUAGCUAAUUAUAUUAGUUGACCCACUUAAUGAAUAUAUUGUUUAAUUCUUAGGCCAUGGUCAUGAUACAAUUACUUGUUCUUAUUAUGUUGAAAUGUUUAUUGAACAAUAAGUUCACCAAGCUCCAGUGUUUAUUAUUCGGGAUCGCGUUAGUUAGAUCGUAUCGCUCGGACCGCUCCCUCCUCUUUUACUCGUCAUUUACAGAAUCGCAUUCGUCAACUGGGAGUCUUCGGCUUACAGGACCAGCUGGGAUAAUAUGACUCGUUUUCUGAGAUAGGUCAUCCAGUACGUGAGCGGCGGACUUAAGGAUGUAUGUAUGCCUUUGAAGGGAUGCAAUUGUGAAAGCUAGAAUUUCUCCCCUACGAUUUUGUUGAGUUUGGCGAAAACUACGGCCGCGUAGUGCAGGUCGGGAAAAUGCGCCCGGUUCAGUUCAGAGUUUAGUUACUUGCGGGAACCAGGUCUGCUGUGCCGUAAGAAGAGAAGGCUGCCUGCAAACGCUUAGUGAAGCUAAAGGUUUUGCUCAUGCCAUAAGAUAUGAUAAUUCGGAAAGGAUUCGUUCCUCACCCUGUAGCUGUGGCCAUGGCCCUUUAUUUGUGUAGAUUUCUGUGAAAAUAUUGUUUGAUGUGACAUUUGCUGUGAUAGAUGUUAAGUUUUAUCUUUCUUACCUUGAUGGCGGGUGCUGGGUCAAUAAAGAAGGUUCAGGAAUGUAA